AUGGAGGACGUGGACAAGUUAUCUGCAGAGGACCGAGCGUUUGUUAUACCAGACGUAUUGAUUGCACUGAAACGUUCAGUGGAAGAAGAUAGCACUGGAUCAUGUCGGUCGGAAGUGGCAAAUUCGUUGAGUAUUUUAGUUGGAUGGUGGGCUAGCGAAAGUGAAGAGCAGUUCGAGCACCUAAAAUUGUAUCGUGACUAUAAAGCAGCGGUCGAGUCGUAUGUAAAUAGACUUUCAAGAUCAAAGGAGCAACAAGAGCUCCAAAGAUACUCUAAGCCCCGCGAUUUAUAA